AUGAAGCUCUCCCUCGGGACCGUUGCCGCGGUCGUGGGUGUUGUCAAUGCGGCUUUUCCGACGGAUAUUGUCUACUACUGGGUUGACCAGUCCGCCGUGGUAGUUAAUGCCACCGGUGGUCUUUCUUCCCCUCCCUCCGGUUGGUACACAGCCGUCGUCCAGGGUGCCGUCUACGAAGCAGCCGUGAACUCCAAGCGUGAGAGUCUCGAGUUCCAACAGCUCGCCAUCUCCCACGCCGCUCACGACGCCAUCCUCUGGGUCUACCAUGGCUCCCGCCAGUACGCCCCCGUUGACGCCGCUCUCCGCGCCGUCAUCCCCAUCAUCGGUCUCGACCCCAACUCCAGCAAGGGCAAGCAAGCCGCUAAGAUCGGCCAAGCUGCCGCCGCCAAGGUAGCAAAGGCUCGCGCCGACGACAAUCUCGUCAACUUUGUCGACUUCACCUUCGGCCCGAAGCAGCCCGGAGUCUACCAGCCCACCCCCGGCGGCGCUCCCCUCCCAGACACCCCCCAAGCCCGCUUCACCCGCCCAUUUGCCGCCCUGGGCGACAUCACCCGCUUCCGCUCCCCUCCCCCUCCCAAGACCAACUCGGCCGAGUACGAAGCCGACUUUUUGUUCGUCAAGUCCGUCGGCGCUGUCAAUUCCGCCAACCGCUCCGCCUACGAUACCGACACGGCCUACUUCUGGCGCGAGUCCUCCGUCACGGGCUGGAACCGCUUCGCCGGCGCCAUCGUCGGCUCCAAGCUCGACAAGAAACCCCUCGAGUCGGCCAAGUUCUACGCCCAGCUCAACUACGCCAUCGCCAACGCCGGCUUCGCCUCCUGGGACGUCAAGUACGCCUACCAAGGCUGGCGUCCGGUCACGGCCGUUCACUACCCUGAUGUUUGGCUCAAGUCGGGGAGGAACGAGACUGAUACCAACUGGGUUCCCCUCUUGAGACCUACUCCUUCCCACCCGGACUAUGUAUCUACCCACUCUACUUUUGGGAGCGCCGCGGCGCAUGUGAUCAAGGCGUGGAAUAAGGGGGACAGGAUCGAUGCCACGUGGAGUAGCAAUGUUACUCUGGAUAAUAGGGGUGUGAUUACAAGGCGGUACACGAGUGUGCAGUUUGCGAAUGAGGAGAACAGUAUCAGCAGGCAGUUUGGUGGUAUUCACUUCAAGUUUGCUGGCACGGAGGGUUUGAAGCUCGGUGACAAGGUUGCUGAGGCUACGCUGAAGGUGUUUGACAAGAACUGGGACAAGUUCUAA